UCGAGCGUGAGCAAACAAAGCAAAGAUGGACGCAAUCAGCCAAUUACAAGAACAAGUGAACAAAAUCGCGACGAUUGCCUUCACCACCAUCGGUACUCUCCAGAGAGACGCCCCUCCUGUCCGAAUCUCCCCCAAUUACCCCGAAUCCGAGUCCGCACCACCACCGAAACCGAACCCGAACCCAAAUCCAACCCCGACUGACGAUGCUACCGAUUUCGCGAUGCAGCCCAAGCUCAUGAGCGCCGAUCUGGUCAAAGCAGCCAAGCAGUUUGAUGCGUUGGUUUCGGCACUGCCGCUGUCCGAGGGAGGCGAGGAAGCUCAGCUCAAGAGGAUUGCGGAGCUUCAGGCCGAAAACAGCCUCAUUGGCCUACAACUUGAGAAGCAACUGGAAGCUGCGGAGAGAGAACUGGAAGAGGUCAGAGAGUUGUUUGGACAAGCAGCAGAUCACUGUUUGAACUUGAAGAAGCCAGAAUGAAGAAAAUUAGUAGCUAGCAUAUUCCUAGUGAACUGAGGAGACUGUAACUCGUACAACUGAUCACUAUCCGGUGCAAGUAGUAGUUAGUUUUAACAUACAUCUUGUGUAAUGUUGUGACUUGUAUCCUAUCAUUUUGCGGAGGAAGAUAUCAAGAUAUGGACCGCUUUUUUU